AUUACUGAUGACAGUGACAUAACUAUAAGUCACUAGAAAAGUACCAACCAAGUCGGAUUUGUAAAGACUAAAAACAGAAAAACUUGUAAAUCGUACUCAUCAAAGAUGUUGUUAAAAACUAGACACGCAUUCAGACUUGGUUAUUGUCUUCUUAGAAAUAACCUAUACAGUACUCGGAAGGCAGUUGCUCCGGUCUCUACCGAGGGUAUAGUGAUUAGUGACAGUUGUGUACAAAAACUGAAACAGUUAUGCGAUGGUGAUAACAAUUUCUUAAGGGUUUGUGUGGAAAGUGGAGGUUGUUCUGGUUUUCAAUAUAAGUUUGAUUUGGAUAGCAAAUUGGAAAACGAUGACAAGAUAUUUGAAAAGGAUGGUGUCAAAGUUGUGAUUGACGAGACAUCUUUAGACUACAUCAAAGGCUCAACUGUAGAUUACCACACCGAGUUAAUAAGGUCUGCCUUUAGAAUAGUUCAAAAUCCAAAUGCUGAACUAGGAUGCUCCUGUGGUGCUAGCUUCUCCAUUAAAAUUGAUUAAUAGAACUGGCAUAAUAAAAUAUAUUUAUAAUGACUGUACAAAGUGAUGACAAAUGAGUCUUUUAAUAUUGAUUAAGAAAAAACAAUUAAUUUUGGUUAGGGUAUAAACACUAAACUCUAAUGUAAUAUGCUAGACUGGUAAAUAUCAGCUUCCUGAUCCUAGAUACUGAAGAUGAGCAUUCUUGACAGGAAGUCAGGUCGAAUAAAAAUAUUAUUUGGCUGCAAACACAUUAGUAUAGUUGACUGAGUGAAAAAAGGCUAUAAUUUGUAGUCUGAUCUUAACAUGGCAGUCAGAGAUUUUUUCUUCUUGACAGCAGUAAUUUGGUAAGUUUUCGGUAAUGAUGUAGUAUAUAAUAUGCUGGAUAUUAUGUAAGAGGAGUGGGAAAAAAUAUGGAAAGCAACAAAAAAUACCUGUCAUUUGCAUUAGGAUGUUUAUUAGAUAAUAUCAAAUAUCAAUUCAAUAAUAUUUUCUAACUUGCUUAACUUAUUAUUCACCAAUAUGUAUAUCAGUAUGAGACAAAAAAGUUUUGUAUUUACACAAGACUUUUUUAAUUUAAAACAUCUGGCACAUAGCAAAUUUUCAUGCUAUGAUUAUAAUCAUAGCAUUUUACACUAUAUUUAUUCAUUUAGGUAGUUAUAAAAUGACUGCAUCUUAUGUUAUACACAAUAGAAGUAAAUUUAAUAACAUUUACUUUAUUUGUUGAAAUUUUGUUCUUACUUUAAAAAUUGUUCAAGCAAUAUUGACAAUUUAUAGUGUAAAAAAAAUGGUACAUCUAAGAAAAAAACAUCAAGCUCCUUUUAUAGAAUUCUCCUUAUAUAAUAAAUGUACUCAGACUUCAGAAAGGAUGCAUAUCUCAUGAGCUUGAAACUACUUCUCAUUUGAAAUCCUAGUUAAUUCAAUAAAGUGGAGUUCCAAUCAGAAACAGCCUAACCAGGUAUGCUAAUAGCUUCUCAUAAUUUAAAACUGAAAAAUAUUAAUAUUUAUGUGUAUGUUUUUAUUAUGUUAUUAUUAGAUAUGUGUUUUGUUAUACUAGAAUUAGGUUUGUUUUGUUUGUGAACUGUUGAAAUUAGAAGGCUUUUUUUGUAUCAUUAUUCUGCUUCAUAGAUAUCUAGUCUUAGAGCUUCAUAAGUACUCAGGAAAUGAAAUCAGUAAAUUUGUUUAUCAUAAUCUUAUUGCUAUCACACAAACCAAAAACAUUAUCCUUGUGACUUAAGAUAUUGUAAUAUCUGGUUCGUCUGUGAUACAUUCUGUAGGAUUAUAUUAACUUAGGAAAAUUUAGUUUAAAACAUUGUUGUGUAUGUAGGAAUACAAUAUGUUUUCUAUUAAAGUUGUUUUCGGUUAUUUU